AUGCCCAACGAAAAGCGAGCGAGACAAGAGGCAUGCUUAAGCAGUGAAGAUGAAAGAACGCCACCACAUAAACAUGAGGCCGGCGCCGCCAUCUUGGAAAGCAUACAUGAAAAGCUAAAGAAGCUAGACGUGCUUGAACAAAUAAACGGAAGACUGCUGAAGAUUGAAAAUACCGUAGGUGACAUGGAAAGAGGACUUAACUCUAUGACAGCAGAACUGCAGAAGGUAAAAACGGAUUUAGACUCAAAAGCAGAUAACGCCACUGUCGAUGCGCUGAAGGAUGAAAUCGAAGAAUUACAAAACAGGUCAAGAAGGAACAACUUAGUCUUCUACAAUAUACCAGAGAAAGCCGAAAAAGGAGAUUGCAUCUCUUUUGUACAGGAUUUUAUUACGCAACAUACAGUGUUCUCCCUAAAUUUUAGCUCAGCAGGUAAGGGACCAUUCAGGGACGGUAAGGCAAAAAAUAUAUACUUUUCUAAGAGGGGGGGGGGGGGGGGGACAGUGGAGUGAGGGACAUGGACCCGCCUUCACUGGGAAAUUUGUAAUUCCCAUAUUUUAAGACCUAUUUUACGCAAAUCUGCUGUCGUUAUCUUUAGAAAACAAAUUAAAACGUUUGAUUCCAAUAAUUUUACUGUCUGCAAAAUGCAUGUCCCUAAAAAGGAAAGCUGCAUAUACAGUAUUAGUACAGAACCAAAAUUAUGCACGCGCAAAAAGUGGCGUAAGAAGUUGCUGCGCCCCAAGAACAUGCAAGCCACCGCAAGAAGUGAAAGUGCCGUAUUUUUGCGGACCCUUUGUGGUUUACCCGCAAGAACUUUGAAAUGAAAGAAAUCAAAAAUCUUCACCGCAAGAAGCUAGAAAAUUACCGCAUUGAACACUUCAAUCGUUUAGCUUUUCCAAAGUUAGAUAAAGCGUGUGAGGCGUUUGUUUAACAAAACGACCUGUAGUUUCGAACAUUUCGAUUAUUUGGAUCAUUUCAUAGUACAAUACCAUAGUCUCGGCAAACAAACCAAAGGCGUUGAAUUUCUGCCCACAAGAAAACAUGGGAAUUGUUAUUACUUUAUUGCGCUAAGUUGAAAGAGCCUUUAGUGAAAAUAUUCCUUACUUUACUUUAGCAUGUUUUUUUUUUCCGAGAGCGCUUUAAGUUGACACAGUUGCACGUGCGGUCUCAAAUUACACGGCUCUUUUGCGAAACAUACUACGAUCGUUCCUUAUUUUUUGAAGAGGUGCUUUUUUUAAAUCAAAAUUGUACACAUUUCCUCGCUUAAAAGGUUACCUUUGCACAAGAUAAUUUUAAGAAAUUCUUGUGGUUAAGUUUAUAACUGCAAAAGAAGUUCUUGCGUCUUGCUGGAUUCAAGCGCAAGCGCCCUGCAAAAAGCCGCAGGAAGUUUCCAGCUUGCAGACGCAAAAAGAAGUUCCUGAACGUGCAUUAUUUUUGGGCUGUAGGUUUUGUACUUAGGUAGCUAUACUUUUCCACAUAUUCAUUCAUUUUCUUGUGACGAUUUAAUCGGAUCACAACUCGCAUAAUUUUGGUAAACCUUUAAGCAGUUGCAGGCGGUAAGAAGUGUUGCUUCAGGCGGUAAAUUUUACCGGUUACCGCCUGAUAAGGAGAACACUGAACAUAUGGGCCUUGAAACGAUAUGUGGCCAUGUUGAGCUGGAGAGGGCACACCGCACGCCAAGCAAAACGCCUUCUGCUGGUGAAAAGGGUCCCAGACCAAUGCACGUCGCUUUUCUUCGAUACACGGAUAAGAUGAAGGUACUAAGGAAUGCCGCCGCUCGUCUAAAGGAUAACCCGUUAAACGGAAAUGCCAUCGGUAUAAGUGAGGAUUUCGCCAAAAAAACCCAACGGCGGAGGCAAGAGCUCGUGCCCUACAGAAAGUUUCUAAAGAAGAAACUCGGAGACAACCGGAAAGUCUACAUCGCAUAUCCUGCAAUACUCAAAUAUGUCGAUGCCAAUGGCCGUCACAGAAUCGUAGGAACAGAAGAACUAGCAAAACUACGCCAUGAAAUGGAAGAGGCAAAGAGUUAA